AUGGAAGCAGUUGUUGGCCCUUCCCAAUUUGCUUUCAUUCUGGGAAGGCAAAUUAUAGAUUGCUUGUUUAUUGCGAACGAGGGGAUUGAUUAUUGGAGAAGGAAAGGCCUUGAAGGAAUAGCGUUUAAGGUUGAUUUCAAAAGAACGUAUGAUUCUAUUGAUUGGGAUUUAUUACUGAAAAUCAUGGAUUGCAUGGGGUUUGGACAGAGGUGGAGAUCUUGGAUGAAAAUGUGUCUGUUUACGACUUCAAUCUCGGUCUUAGUGGAUGGUUCUCUUUUGGAUGAGUUUCGGAUCGUGAGGGGUCUUCCAUAG